CAUCAGCUCAGCAAGGUUGGCCUGGCCUUGGUGGCUGCCCUCUGGUAACUCCAUGCCCUUCUGCCCAGAUGUGGAUGAGUGUCGUGUGCACAAUGGUGGUUGCCAGCACAGGUGUGUGAACACCCCCGGCUCCUACCUCUGUGAGUGCAAGCCUGGAUUCCGGCUCCACACGGAUGGCAGAACCUGCCUGGCCAUCAGCUCCUGCUCCCUGGGCAAUGGUGGCUGCCAGCACCAGUGUGUCCAGCUCACAGUGACACGGCACCACUGCCAGUGCCGGCCUGAGUUCCAUCUGCAAGAGGACGGCAGGCGCUGUGUCCGGAGAAGUCCAUGUGCAGAGAGGAAUGGUGAUUGCAUGCACACGUGCCAGGUGCUCCGGGGCCUCGCCCACUGUGGGUGCCACACGGGCUACCAGCUUGCCGCGGACCGCAAGGCCUGUGAGGAUGUGGAUGAAUGUGCCACAGGGCUGGCUCAGUGUGCCCAUGGCUGCCUCAACACUCAGGGAUCCUUUAAGUGUGUGUGCCACGCUGGCUAUGAGCUGGGUGCCGAUGGGCGACAGUGCUACCGGAUUGAGAUGGAGAUCGUGAACAGCUGUGAGGCCAACAAUGGAGGCUGCUCACAUGGCUGCAGUCACACCAGCACGGGGCCCCUGUGCACCUGCCCCCGAGGCUAUGAGUUGGAUGAGGACCAGAAGACCUGCAUUGACAUUGAUGACUGUACAGACUCCCCGUGCUGCCAGCAGGUAUGUGCUAACACCCCCGGUGGGUACGAGUGCAGCUGCUAUGCUGGCUACCGACUCAGCACCGAUGGCUGUAGCUGUGAGGAUGUAGACGAAUGCACCUCUGGCCAUGGCGGCUGUGAGCAUCACUGCUCCAACCUUGCUGGCUCCUUCCAGUGCUUCUGCGAGGCUGGCUACCGGCUGGAUGAGGACCGUAGAAGCUGUACCCCACUGGAGGAGCCCGUGGUAGACCUGGACGGCCAGCUGCCCUUUGUACGGCCCCUGCCCCACAUCGCCGUGCUGCGGGAUGAGCUGCCCCAGCUCUUCCAAGAUGACUAUGGGACUGAGGAGGAAGAAGCAGAGUUGCGUGGAGAACAUACGCUCACGGAGAAGUUUGUCUGCCUAGGUGAUUCCUUUGGCCAUGACUGCAGCCUGACCUGUGAUGACUGCAGGAAUGGAGGGACCUGUGUCCCAGGCUUGGAUGGCUGCGACUGCCCAGAGGGCUGGACCGGACUCACCUGCAAUGAGACUUGCCCUCCAGACACCUUUGGAAAGAACUGCAGCUCCCCCUGCAGCUGUCAGAACGGAGGGACCUGUGACCCGGUGACAGGGGCCUGCCGCUGCCCCCCGGGUGUCAGUGGAGGCCACUGUGAGGAUGGCUGCCCCAAGGGUUUCUACGGUAAACACUGUCGCAAGAAAUGCCACUGUGCCAACCGGGGCCGGUGCCACCGCCUCUAUGGGGCCUGCCUUUGCGACCCAGGGCUCUAUGGACGCUUCUGCCACCUUGCCUGCCCGCCCUGGGCCUUCGGGCCAGGAUGCUCUGAAGACUGCCGCUGUGAGCAAUCCCACACCCAGUCCUGUGACCCGAGGGAUGGCAGCUGCUCCUGCAAGGCUGGCUUCUGGGGCGAGCGGUGCCAGGCAGAGUGUGAGCCGGGCUUCUUUGGGCCAGGCUGCCGGCACAAGUGCACCUGUCCAACAGGCGUGGCCUGUGACCCUGUGAGUGGCGAAUGCUGGAAGCAGUGUCCCGCUGGUUACCAGGGAGAGGACUGUGGCCAAGAGUGCCCCUCAGGGACAUUUGGUGUGAACUGUUCAGGUUCCUGCACCUGUGCGGGGGCUCCCUGCCACCGGGUCACAGGGCAGUGCAUAUGCCCAGCAGGGAGGACUGGGGAGGACUGUGGAGCAGAUUGUCCCGAGGGCCGCUGGGGACUUGGCUGCCAGGAGAUCUGCCCUGCGUGUGAGCAUGGUGCCAGCUGUGACCCUAAGACUGGAACCUGCCUGUGCCUCCCUGGCUUUGUUGGCAGCCGCUGCCAGGACACUUGCCCAGCAGGUUGGUUUGGGCCUGGCUGCCAGAUGAGGUGCUCUUGUGCCAAUGAUGGGCACUGCCACCCAGCCACUGGACGCUGUAGCUGUGCCCCUGGGUGGACCGGCCUCAAUUGCCAGAGAGCCUGUGACAGUGGGCACUGGGGGCCCGACUGCAUCCACCCCUGCAACUGCAGUGUGGAUCAUGGGAACUGUGAUGCCACCAGCGGCCUGUGCCUGUGCGAGGCUGGCUACGUGGGCCCACGGUGCGACCAGAGAUGUCCCCAGGGCUACUUUGGGCCUGGCUGUGAGCAGCGGUGCCAGUGUGAGCAUGGGGCAGCCUGUGACCAUGUCAGUGGGGCCUGCACCUGCCCAGCUGGCUGGAGAGGAAGCUUCUGUGAGCGAGCCUGCCCAGCUGGCUUCUUCGGGUUGGACUGCCACAGAGCCUGCAACUGCUCAGCUGGGUCUGACUGUGACACUGUGAAUGGCUCCUGUAUCUGCCCGGCUGGCCGCUGGGGUCCCCGCUGCUCCCAGGCCUGCCCACCCCUCACCUAUGGACUUAACUGCAGCCAGGCCUGCACCUGCUUCAAUGGGGCCUCCUGUAACCCAGUGCACGGUCAAUGCCACUGUGCCCCUGGCUGGAUGGGACCCACCUGCCUGCAGGCCUGCCCUGCUGGCCUGUAUGGCAGGGACUGCCAACACUCCUGCCUUUGCCAGAAUGGAGGGAGCUGUGACCCUGUCUUGGGUCAGUGCAUGUGCCCGGAAGGCUGGUCUGGCCUGGCCUGUGAGAAUGAGUGCCUUCCUGGACACUAUGGAGCAGGCUGUCAGCUCAGCUGCAGCUGCCUCAAUGGGGGCCUGUGUGACCGGCUUACAGGUCACUGCCUCUGCCCUGCCGGUUGGACUGGGGACAAGUGCCAGAGCUCCUGUAUGGAAGGCACAUUUGGGGCUCACUGUGAGGAACGCUGUACCUGCCGGCAUGGAGCCACCUGCCACCACAUCACAGGGGCCUGCCUUUGCCCCCCAGGAUGGAGGGGCUCACGGUGUGAGGAUGGUGAGCACAGCCCCCUCCACAGCCAGCUCCUGGGUCCAACUGCCCAGGUGGGAGCCUGUCCACGCGGUUGGUUUGGAGAGGCCUGUGCUCAGCGCUGCCACUGCCCACCUGGGGCCUCUUGCCACCACAUCACUGGGGAAUGUCACUGUCCACCUGGCUUCACUGGGCCUGGCUGCGAGCAGGCCUGCCGUCCUGGCACCUUUGGAGAAGACUGUAACCACCUGUGCCGGUGUCCUGGUGAGAACUGGGCCUGCCACCCUGUCACAGGGGCCUGCACCUGCGCUGCUGGCUAUCAUGGCACUGGCUGCCAGCAACAAUGCCCGUCUGGACACUAUGGACCAGGCUGUGCGCAGGUGUGUGGGUGUCUCAACGGGGGCUCCUGUGAUGUGGCCACUGGGGCCUGCCACUGCCCCGCUGGAUUCCUCGGAGCUGACUGCAGCCUCACCUGUCCACAGGGCCACUUUGGCCCCAACUGUGCCCAUGUGUGCAAAUGUGGGCAUGGUGCAGCCUGCAACCCUGUGACUGGCACUUGUGUCUGCCCACCCGGGAGGAUUGGCGUCCACUGUGAGCACAGCUGCCUUCAGGACCAGUUUGGUGAGGGCUGCAAGCACAAGUGUGCCUGUAGGAACGGGGGCCUGUGCCACACUGCCAGCGGCCACUGCUCCUGCCGCCUGGGCUGGAUGGGGCCACACUGUGAGCAGGCCUGCCCUGCUGGGCGCUAUGGUGCAGCCUGUAGCCUGGAAUGCUCCUGUCGCAACAAUGGCACCUGUGAGCCUACCACAGGUGCCUGCCAUUGCGGCCCCGGCUUCUAUGGACAGGCCUGCGAGCACACCUGUCCCCCUGGCUUCCAUGGAGCUGGCUGCCAGGGUGUCUGUGAGUGUCAACAGGGAGCCUCCUGUGACCCGAUCAGCGGCCAGUGCCUCUGCCCUGCUGGCUUUCAUGGCCAGUUCUGUGAAAGGGGGUGUGAGCCGGGCUCUUUUGGAAAGGGCUGCAGCCAGAGUUGUGACUGUGACAGGGGGGUGCCCUGCGACCCAGUCAGUGGCCUCUGCCUUUGCCCACCUGGGCUCAUGGGAACCACGUGUGACCUGGAGUGCAAAGGUGGCCACUUCGGGCCCAGCUGUGCUCUGCUCUGUGACUGCAGUGGUGGUGCUGACUGUGACCCUGUCAGCGGGCAGUGCCACUGUGUGGAUGGCUACACAGGGCCCACGUGCCGGGAAGUGGCCACACAGCCAGCCUUCAACAGACCAGUGACCCAACUCAGCAGGGCAGUGAAGCACUAGCUCAGAGGCUCUCCCUGCCACCGCCUUCCAGCCUGAGGGAUCCAGGCCUUUGAUGACAACUGAGAGGCCACACAUGGACCCAGGACUCCUGGAGGGCUGUGGAUAGCUGUGGAUCUCUAUAGAGGACUGUGGACAGCCUCUUGAUCUGCCAGGAGUCUGUGGCCAUGAGGAGUGGGGUCUCGUGGCCACAUGUAACCCAAAGGAGUGGACUGUGCCUCAGGCUACACCAUCCACACCAGGUGCUGGUCAGGCUAUGCUUGAGGAAGCCCAGGCCCUCCCAGCCCUGGAUCAGGACCAAGACACGUGUGGUACAGGUUUGGGCAGGUGCCUGUCAUCCUAACAGGUCCUUCUGGUGCUAAGCUAGACUGCUGCAGCCGGUCGACUGUUUACCUGGAGCAUCGCCCGGCCUGUAUUUAUGUGAAGGUAUUUAUGGCACCAAUCCCCACUGCAGCCCUGGGUCAUCUAGAAACACUCCAUUCCAGGAAGCCCAGACUCAGGUCAAUGGGGCUUGAGGCGUCUCCAGGGGAUGUGUUCAAGGUUUGUGUAAAGUCCAGUGAGUUAAAGGUGCAGUGGCUUCCUUGUGGCCUGUCUCUUUGCACUUUGGGUGAGCUUUGCGUGGGUCUUCCCCAAACCAG